AUGGCUAAAGCCUCUUCAUAUAAAAGGCUUGACUCUAGAGCGUCCGAAAAGUCUUUAUCACGCAUAAGUAUACAGCCGCGGAGUAUUGGCGAUUCAGAGUCCGAGACUAUAGCACAGUCAUCCGUUUCGUCGAACAAGCUUUGGCAACCGGGAUUGUAUCUGACUAGACGUCAUCGCAUCUUCAAUAGGAUUGCCGAUAAAUUUGUUUAUUGUUAUAACAGUUAUGUGGUGCCCAACAUGGGUGUCACUUUAACAUUGAUUUCACAAAUUUUCAACUCACUAAUGAUCCUUUUCUGCAAGCUCCUACUCAUGGAUCCUGAUUUUGACGAGCCAAUGCAUCCAUUUCAAAUUCUAUUUGUUCGUAUGAGUAUAACGUACGUCUGCUGUGCAAUUUAUUUGAUCAUCAAGCAUGAUGCUGAUUUCCCGUUUGGCCCAAAAGGCUACAGAAAGUAUAUGAUCGGCAGAGGAAUUGGAGGUUACAUAGCUGUGGCGGGUCAGUAUUUCGCUUUACUUUAUCUCACAAUGUCCGAUACAAUAUCGAUCACAUUCUUGGCGCCAGUUAUAACAUCAUUAAUGGCAUACAUGUUUCUUCAUGAGCGAUUCACCAAAGCGGAGGCAAUUGGUGGUAUGGUUGCAUUUGUGGGCGUUAUAUUCAUCUCUAGACCUAGCUUUAUCUUUGGAGGCGAGUCGACCUUGGAUUCAACUACAGCAGGAACUGAAGCUGGGGCAACAACCGUUGAUCAAGGCUCUUCUGGAAGCGGAAGAAACUUGGAAACUUCUGACCCGAAAUUAAGAUUAUUAGGAAGUCUUUUUGCGUUGUCUGCACCAUUUGGAACAGGUAUAGCUAUGUGUUCUAUCAGGAAGAUUGGUUUUCAUGCUCAUGCCUUGGUUACUGUCUCCUUUUUCGCUUUAAUUACCUGCAUCUUUUCUUUUCUUGGAAUAAUGUUAACUCCUGGUCUUAAUUUUGAAAUGCCUCGCAAUGCGCGGCAAUGGGCAUAUUUGAUUCUCUUAGGAUUAGCUGGGUUUAUUAUGCAGUAUCUCCUAACCGCCGGUAUGCAAAGGGAGAAAGCUGCAAGGGCCAUUGCUAUGUCAUACUCUCAGCUUGUAUAUGCAUCUUUCUUUGACCUCGUUAUUUUUGGUCAUUGGCCCUCUAGGAUGAGUUUAAUUGGAGAAUUCAUUAUUAUAGCCGCUGUUAUAUCUAUUCUCUACUGCAAAGAUGACUCAUCUUCAUCGUCCUCACACACCGAUACCGAAUCUUUUGCUAUGGGAGGACAUUCAUCAGGUGAAUCGAUCUCCAUGAGCAGUUUAAGUGAUGAUGAUGAUGAUAGCAACGAUAUUGUUACUUAA